AGGAACAGGUAAAUCAUUUUUUCUCACCGUCGACUCUUCACAUAUCAGCAGGUUUCUAGGGUUUCUCCGAUUCUAUCUGCCUCAUCUCAGCUUCCAUUCUCGCCGAUUCAACGAUUUAGGUAGCCCACAAAUCCAAAUCCAAAUCCAAUAAUAAAUGUCUGUACAAGAUUCUCCAUCCGAGGCUGAAAUUGUCACUCCUGCUAAGAAAUCAAAACGGGGUGGCAAUUUCAGCGUAGAGGAAGACAAGCUUCUUGUGUUGGCGUGGCUUAAUACUAGCGUCGAUGCCGUGCAUCAUGGUGGUAAUAAUGACCAAAACAACAAAGCCCCAUUUUAUACAAAAAUCGCCAAAUACUUCCACGAUCACAAGAAGGAUUCUACGCGAACUGUUGUCUCCCUAACGAGUCGAUGGGGAGUGAUUAAUAGGGAGACGAGUAAGUUUUGUGAGGUGUUUGCUAAAGUUGAAGCAAAGAAUCCAAAUGCUACUGCCGAACAAAUGAAGAUUGAUGCCAAGGACUUGUUUAAAGAAAUAUACAAGUGCAAUUUUCAAUUCGAACAUUGUUGGCUGUUGUUGAAGAAUUUACCAAAGUGGACACUCAAUAAGCCUAGGGAAAAUUUGAGAAAAGAAUUGCCUCAAACUCCGGAUUCAAUAGAGCAAGAUCAAGCCGGGAGAGAUGAUGUCUUGCUUGAUGACACUAUGGAUUUCCAGAGACCAAUAGGUAGGAAGGUUGAAAAGCCCAACCGAAAGAGAAAAGAUUCUGACAAAGAAGUCGCGGAAUAUCUGAAAAAGAAAAUGAAAUUUCUUGAAGAAACGUGUGCACAAGAAAAAGAGGUUCUUCGUAUCAAAACGGAAAAAUUUCGCUUGGAAGAGAUGAGGGAGAAUGAAAGAAUUAAUAUUGAAAAGGAAAGGCUUCGGAUUGAAAGAAUCAAGGAGGAUGAGAGAAUUAUGAUGGUUGAUACAAGUGCCAUGUCGGAAUCACAAAAACUUUUUUAUCAUGAACUCCAAAAGGAAAUCCUUGCAAGACGAACCUUGAGUAAAUAGUUAGGUUGAGAUGAUGUCUUCCUCUAACCUUAUUUUGAUAAUAACUUAUUUUAGGCAUUGGUUUGUAUUUUGUGACCUUACUUUGGUAGUAGUUUAUUUUAGGCCUGAAUUUGUAUCUUGUCUAGAAAAAGUUCUCUCUUCUUUUUUUUUUUUGAAACAAAGUUCUUCUCUCUUUAAUUCACUCCACUCCUUUGUAUUUUCUACUAUGCAAUUAUGUAAUCGUAAUAUCUUAGCCUAUACAAAACGUCUUAUGAAUUUUCCA